UUGAACUAAGAUUCGAUUUUGAGGAUGGUAAUGUAAAAAGUUAAACUUAGUUAAAUACAUUUUGAACAAAAGGUUUUUAAAAAAAAAGUCAUAGAGGUUUGAUGAGCCUGAUCAGGAAAAGCAGAGGAAAACUUCCCUGCGCGACACGCAAACUAUGAUUUGCCCAACCCCUUGCGGAGAAAAGCACCAAAUCCGCCAAGUGUUAAACUCAGGCGGGAUGGAGUCGCAAACGAAGCCGGACGCCGGUCAUCGUUUUGGAGGUGUUUGUCAGAAAGGAUGCGGACUACAGCUGUCCGAUGAAGACGUCGGUAAAGGGGAUCACUGCUGUGUGGACGCGCUCCGCACGGUCACCGAUGCUCUGGAGGAGAGAAGUGCAACUUUGGAGCAUGAAGCCCGGAUGGCGAGGCUCAGGUGGAACAGGAGGGAGCAGUCUCUGUUAGCCAAGGUGUCAACUCUGCAGAACGAGGCUCAACUCGCUGCCCUCAAGUACCAACGGAGGCUGCAUCAAUACAUGGUGCACAUUAACAGCAUUGCAGAGCAGGUCAUUGGGUACUACAAGAGUGACUUGAGGACAACUGCUGACAUGCAGAGCCAGACAUCAGAGAAAGCAACAUGUGAAGAGGGAGAAGAGGUCAAAGAGGUGAAUGGAAAAGAGUUGUCCAAGUCCAGCCAUGAGGAGACUGUGGAGACCUUUCGCACUGCCAAGGACCCCGUCGUGGUUCAGGUCAUCAGGCGGACCCCCAGUGGCCGACCCCAUGGCCCCCCUCAGGAAAUCCAUGUGGUGGAUGUGUGCACUCAGACUGACAUCACCUUUGAACACAUCAUGGCGCUGGCAAAGCUCCGGCCUUCAACCCCUCCUGUGCCUGACGUCUGUCCCUUCCUGCUCUCUGACAGCUGUCAUUCUCUGCAUACAAUGGACCAGGAUUACUAUGAAGGAACAGAUUACCUCUCCCCUGUUCCAGCGGAUGGAGAGAGGACAGAGGAGUUUGAAUAUGAGGAAGUGGAAUUGUGUCGACUCAGCAGCCAAGAGAAGUUGGGGCUAACUCUGUGCUACAGGACAGAUGAGGAAGAGGAUGUGGCCAUCUAUGUCAGUGAGAUCAGUCCAAACAGCAUUGCUGCCAAAGACGGACGUAUCCGGGAGGGGGAUCGCAUUUUACAGAUUAAUGGUCAAGAUGUACAGGACAGAGAAGAAGCAAUGGCUGCACUCUCCAAUGAAGAGUGUAGGAACAUCAUACUGCUGGUUGCCAGACCUGAGAUGCAGCUGGAGGAGGCCUGGCUGGAUGAUGAGCACAGUGAGUUCCUGGAGCAGCUAAAGAUGGAAAUGUUGGAGGAGCAGCAGAGAGAGGAGAUGGAAUUGGCUGCCCUUCAGGAGGAGCAGGAGAAUGAACAGAAAGAAGAUGAUGACAAGCCCACCUGUUCCACACUCCCUCAUCAUAAGGACAGUGUACUGAGUAUAAAAGACAGAAUGGAGAGCUCUGAGCAUAAUGUCCUGGCACACAUCCAGAGACGUCUGUCCCAGUGCCUGAGAGACAAUCGGGACACACACCGUAUCACCAGCUCCACAGGGCUGGAGGAUAAAGAGGAUGAGGACGAUGAGGAGACUGAGGGUGACCGUUUCCAGCAGCUCUUGGAGCUGAAGUGUCAGAUACGAAACAGCGGUGAGUACGACCUGUUCUACAGCCGCCGCAGCACCAUUGAGUGCAGCAUGGGGGAGCAGGGUGGCGUACAGCAUGAGCUACGCAUGCUCAACGAGGAGCUGCGCAGCAUCGAGCUUGAAUGUCAGAACAUCAUGCAGGCCCACAAGCUUCGUAAGGGCCAGCAGUCUCCAUCCACGGGCCACUCUGCCCCCUCCACCAAAAACCAAAGCCUCCAUCGGGGUGAGCCAACAAGAGGUAAGCUGGCAGACAUUAACGAGAGGCUGGAAAAAUCAGACAAGGACAGCUCCAGUGCCUAUAACACGGCGGAGAGUUCACGGAGCACCCCCCUGGCAAUGGAUCGCUCCCCAGAGCACUCACUCCAGAGGAUGGUCAGUCUCACCAACCAGAGGAACCUCUGCAGUGGCCUUGCCACGGGCCACUCACUUAGCCCAAGCCCCAUCCCAGGAUGCCGUGCUCCAGUCUUGGGCAAGAGCAGCAGCCCUGAUCACAGCAAUCCUUCUGAGUCAGACCAAACACCUCAGGCUGAGGAGGAGGGGAGGGGGAAAUUAAAGCCAUGUGCUUCCCAGAUUCCUUACUUCUCUCCAUCCCACAGUUCCCAGCAUCGACAGAUCAACAUCCCAGCUCAUGCCCGCCACUACCAGAGCUACAUGCAGCUGAUCCAGCAGCGUUCAGCUGUAGAGUACGCUCAGAGCCAGCUCAGCCUGCUCAGUGUCUGCAAAGAGCCUCAGAGGCCCAUUAAUGAGCCCAAGAUGGAGUGGAAGGUCAAGAUCCGCAGUGACGGCACACGCUACAUCACCAAGAGGCCUGUGAGAGACAAGAUCCUGAGGGAGCGAGCACUAAAGAUUAAGGAAGAGCGUAGUGGGGGAAUGACCACAGAUGAUGAUGCAAUGAGUGAAAUGAAGAUGGGGAGGUAUUGGAGCAAAGAGGAAAGAAAGCAGCACCUAGUCAGGGCAAAGGAACAGAGGAAAAGACGAGAGUUCAUGCAGCGCAGUCGGCUGGAAAGCUUGAGGGAGAACCCUCAGAGCAGCAGCGAGGGUCGCAAGGAAGUCAGCAUUAUAGAGCUCAGCCACAAAAAGAUGAUGAAGAAACGCAACAAGAAGAUCCUGGACAAUUGGAUGACCAUCCAGGAGCUGAUGACCCAUGGUACUAAGGCCCCUGAGGGAGCCAAGGUUCACAACGCCUUCUUAUCAGUCACUACUGUAUAAAGAAACCACACACAUUCUACCCCAUGCGGUAUAAUAUAAUUGCCUCGUUCAAUGUGGCGUUUUUAUGAGGACAAUAGGAGUAUUUUUCACACUUUGUAACCCAAAAAGCAUUUUGUAAAGAAUUUAUCAGUGGUGUCAUAGCAUUUUCUUCAUGUUUUCCAGAGUUGUUUUUCACAUCACUCUGCGGGAAAAAAAACUUUUCUAUGGAAUUAUUUUUAUUACUUUGCUCUGUAUAUGUUUAUCUUUUCAAUCAUUAUUUUCAUAUUUAUGUUGUAACCAUAUGACUCAAGAUAGUAUGAACUCCUUAAGAAAGGUCAAAUAUUUUCUUUUAUAUUAUGUUUUACGUACAUACUUGCCACUUACAAAACACAGUGAUUCAGUGGGUUUAAUGCCUUUCACUUACUGUUUAACGUGUCUUCAAUUAACAACUCUCCUUAUCCUUCAAGGCUGAAAUCUGUAAGCCUCUGUAUGUUGUUAAGAGGUAGUUUAAAUCAUGUUUUGAACUACAGCAAAGAUGUAAUAAGAGUAUCCAGGUGUCACACUUGUGAAGGUGUCAGCAUUUAGCCAAUGACAAAUGAUAAUUAGCCAGUUCAUUGCUCGGUAAGGGUCAUUUGUCUGAAUACCUAGCUGUAGAUUUUAAUGUUAAAGUUUAUCCAUUGCUUGUGUUUUGCUGUUGAUAUGCAGCUACAGAAAUGGUAGACCUGUCACUUGCUGUGCAAUGGCUCAGGUUUGAACAUACUAUUUGCAGCAAAUGCGACAAAAUAAAUCUACUCAAAGAUCCUUACUUAUCACAGUUCCUUAGUUACUAGCAUUUUACUGAACAUUCAACUGCAUCUCAUGGUCUUCAUCAGCUAAGGGGAGCACAAGUGUCAUCACAUGAUAACACCAAGCUGCUACCAGCACAAGGAGACAGAGUAUCAAUACACAGACAAAAAUUAUAUUAUAAGUAAAAUAAGUUUAAAGGUUAAAAUAAGAUUUCAGCUUUAAAGGCACAUGAACAUCUCACAUAUCAAUCAGCCUGCUCCUAAUAAAAAGAUGAGUAAUUCUGGCAAAAAUCCAUAAAAUAUCAUGAAUUUGAAAUUAAUUAUCCUUUAGAAUACAGUUUUGUACUUCAAAUGUUUCAUGCCAACAAACUUAGGUAAUACAAUUAUAACAUUUUCAUGUAUUUCAACAAAUUUUUUACCCCAUUGUUACUACUAAUAUAUAAAUAUUGUAAUAAAGGUAUUCCAUCCAUUGAAGCAAGGAAAACAAUAUACUCUGAGGUUUUUAAUCACUUCACAUUGUAAAUUGUUAAUAUUUUAAUCGCACAAGUUUUUGGUCAACUAAUACAUUUGCUGAUACUAGUUUUAUCAUCAGCAACUUUGUAAAAGCAUCUUUCAAAAGUUGGAUACCUCAUUUUACAGUGAAAUUCUUCCUUUAUAUGUUGUUUCUGUAAUUUGUGAACUUUCCCAACAAAGAUACAAAAAAAGGAGACAAAACUUCAGAAGCUGCUUCACUGGCAAGACAAUGAAAAACAACUUUGUGGAUACAGUCCAAAAAGUUCUGACUCACUGCCAGUGUUGCAGCUUCACGUUUUUUGUUUUUUUUUUGGUUUUUAUUUUAAUGGUGGCAGCCCUGUUUGUCUGGUUUGCAGCUUUGGUUAAAAUUAUUUUGCAUUAGUAAUUAUUUUUAAUUAAUAUUUAGAAUUUUGUCCUCCAUACUAUAUUCAACAACAGAUGGACCUGCUCAUAGCUUUUACAUACCAGUAUUUUUAUGUAUUUUUUUAUUCUCCACAUACACUUUGACUCAGCAUAGCCUUAACAGUGAAAACUGAAUCAAUGAUACAUUGUGGUAUGGCAACCUGAUUUCUCACGCAAACUAUCUUUGUAUAUCUGUGUGCAACAGAGGGGUAUUAUUCAAGACUUUUCAUACAUUGUAUACAUUGAGUUUCUACCAAUUGGACACAUUCAUAGAUAUUGUAUAGUUGUUACUGAAUUAUGUUUGCAGUCACAUUAAACUUGUGUAAGGAUGAUUGCCACUGAGCAGGACUCAGAACACAGCAUAUUUGAUCAUUGAAAAAAACAAUAAACCAGAAGAAUUAACAGGCUAUCAUUUAUCAACAGACAUGUAAAAUACAUGUAAAGUAAACUCAUUCCAAAUGCCUCAUUUUUAACUGAAAUAUUGUAAAUUUGAAAUUUUAAAACCAAUCCCUGUAUUUGUUUUGAGUCAAUGUCCAAUGGUCUAAUUUCGAGUAAUGCGUAGUUGGCAAAUUUGUAGCCAGUUAAAAUGUGUGAUAAUGGUGAUCUUUUCAAAAGAAAUGAUAAUAAAUUAUUGUUUUUUGGUA